AAAAUUUCCGAUUUACAAUUUUAAAAUACUAAAAUGGCUGCGUCCAUAACCUUCAGCUCUUUGAGACUGCUUUCAACAAGUAGCAGAUUAAUAUUAAGGAAUAAUAUCAUCAGAUGUCUUUCUAGCACACAAUCAGGUUCACAAUUGACUACAGAUGCAGCAACAGAGAGAGACCCAUUUCCAAUAUUCUCAGACAAAAAAGUUCAAGAUCUUUUGUUUAGAAUAACUGGGUAUGAUUACCUCAAAGUAGCUGGGCCCCAGAAAAAGAAAAUAAGCCCUGCUGUGUAUAAGCUGCUUACAGAUGAAGAGAUGCAAAAGGACAUUGAUGAAGCCAAAGAAAGGUUAAAGUUUCGAGUACAGAUACCACCUUUCAUGAACCCGAGGAAACGGCACCUGACCCCAUUAAUAGUUGAUCCUGAUCUAGCUGGUUUUGAUACCUCCAGCUAUGUUUUUGUGGAUGUGUCAUUUGGGUUAAAGGACAGGCAAAGGAGUGUUUUGAUGCGAGAGACAAAUGGUGACCUCAGAGUGGCGCCCUGGGAUGUAAAAGAGAGAAUGAAUGGGAUAUUCAAUCCAAGAGUUGGCAGGGAAUAUAUGAAGCCGAAAAUGUUUGAGGAACAGUUCCUUGAGAAACUAAUUGUUCAGAAAAAAUAUCUAUACAUACUGGAUCGAGCCUGUUGUCAGUUUGAGCCUGAUGAUCCAGAUUUUAUUAGAACCACUAGGAGAGUUUACAAUGCUAUAAAUUCAAUGCAAGACUUUGAUCUUUUGAGAUCGACAAGGCAUUUUGGCAGCCUGGCCUUUUAUUUGGCAUGGAACGCCAGUAUCGAUGACUUGCUGUUGGACAUGAUCAAUCGAGAUUUAUUAUCAGACGCAGGUGACCUCAUCAACCUCUAUUGUUUAAUCCACCCUUCAAGUUCAUGCACUCAAGAGUUAAGUAAUGUGAGUGGCAAAGAUCCAGACGUGUGCAUACAGGCCUACUUAAAAACAGAUUCAAAGAAGAAAUCACAACAUGAAUUGUCUUUACAAGCCAUCCUUGAUGCCAGAAAAGCAAAACAGAAAUUAAAAACACAGACAAAUUAAUGUUUGAUGUAAAUAUUUUGUCUUAUUUUUAUUUCUACAAUAAAUAGAUAGCAAUACAAAAAAAAUU